AUGCGCCGUCGUCUAGUGAAGGAGAGGCUCGCGGCCGAUGUAUCGGGCCAUCUCCCCGAAGUGGCGGGACCCUCAGCUCUGGACGAGCGACCGUCAAGUGGGUCGACCCCCCACCACCCGAAAGCCGUAGCAUGGGGACCUACUCAGACCCCUCCGGCCGCCCCAGCCCCCAAGUAUUUGUUUACAAGUCCUGUCGCCCCGCCGCGCGGUGGGUUGGACACGAUGCGGUCGCUCGAUCUGAGGGACAAGAAGAAGUUGCGCUGCAUUUGGCUCGCACCCGACGAAGGAGACCAGCAGAUUGUGCGACCACCACCGCUGGACAGCAUGCAAUAUGCCCAAAUAAGUGCGUCGAUGUUCGGCCACAACGUCAUGGAGAAGAUUAAGCGCGCGGACAACCUCUCGGUGCAACUCGAACGCAGCGACCGCUUCAUGGACGCAAUGCACACCUACGAGCAGUCUGCUAAGAUGCUCCACCGCUGCAUACAGAAGCGCGAGGAAGCGCCUGGUGUUAUGAUGGACGAACUCAAGUGGCUACGUAUUGAUUACGAAAUUCGCUGUGUGCAACUCGUUGCACUUUGUAUGUGUGGGGCGCGCAAGACGGCGGCCGGAGGGGAUAACACGGCAUUCCUGUUGUUGAAGAAGGCGGAGGAAUUGACCGCUCGGGACGGACUCCACUACUGUAAAAAGCACAUUCAACGCGCUGCGGUGUACCAGAACAUGGCGAAUUACUACAAGAAGCAGAAGAAGUACCAGGCGGCGCUGCAGGCUGCCGAGAAGGCUGUGCGGAUCAACGACAAGCUCGCCCUCAUCGACCGGUUCCCUAUCGCGUACUUCUUGCAGGCCUGUUUGCACGGAUUACUGCAAGAACCGGCCAAAGCUGGCUUCAUGUACACGGCGUGUCUUACGGUGGCCGAAGCGCAGCGGCCAAGUUCAGCCGGUAGUGCAGCAAAUGAGAGCGCCCAAGCUGCGGAAGUGUUCCACACGCUCAAGGCCGCUACACUCCACAACCUGGCCAUCGAGUGGGCCAACCUGAACAUGCCCGACCAAACCCGCGACGCACUGGCCAGCGCCAUGGAGGUGGGAGUUCACUACCUGCCCCAGACGCACCCCGUCGUAGUGCGUAUCCUCGAAACCUACAAGGUCAUGCGAGAGAAUUUCCUGUUCCACAACAACCGAAGCGUGACUGCACCUGUGGCAGCUCCCCCACCUAGUACUGCACGACCGAGUGUUCCCGUUCGCCCUACCUCCCCACCUCCGUUGGAGACUGGCGGCAAACGCCCGUUGCCUCCACGCGCACAGAAGCCACAGCAAGAGGUACCAGGAGAUGUGACGAGUCCUCGGACGAGACGACUAUCGUCUGGCAGAACCCCUCGACCGGAGACGGAAGAUAUUACUCCAGUGCCACCGCCAUCUCGACGUCCGACGAGUCCGAGUUCAGCUUCAGUGAUUUCUCCCCGAGCAAGGGCCGUCAAACGACCGACAACAACCCCCGAAGUGCCUUCAGGACUGUCAGGACAGACCUUGCCACCCGGCGCCACACGUACCUCACAUCUUUGGGCCGUACCAGACAAAAUCUACGGCCACUCGUUGGGUGCGAAGUAUAACCCCCAUAAGGAACGCGUUCUCGAAGAAGCGAGGACAUUUGGGCUCCGACGGCGAGCUGCGAUGCGGAUACAGUGCACAUUUCGGAUGCAUCAGCAGAAGGCGCAGUAUGAGCAAGCAUUGCACAAAAUUCGGCGCACUCAAGCGGUUUGGCGUGGUGGACUUGCUCGGACGCACAAGAAGAUGACGAUCGCUUCUAUUGUUCAGAUUCAAACGACGUGGCGGGCGCGGAACGAGCGCGUGAAAUAUGCGAUCAAGAAGAUCCGGCUGGUAUUGCUCCAGUCCGUUGUG